AUGAGCGACGCCCAACAAAGCACCCCAAAGAAGGCUACUCCAACGCCUCCCAAACAAACCUUGGCUGAUCUUGUCAAGACAUUGCAAUUUGCUUGGUUUGUCGGACAUGUGGUGACAUUUGUGGCGACACUCAUGUACGCCUUGACGUACUUGCGUGUUUUCCCAUCAAGCUACAAGUUCUGGUACAAAUUGGCUUUGGCUGGUGUGGUGGAGAGCUUUGGCAUCCUUGUUUUCCAGUCUGUCAAGAAGAAUGGUGCUAAGCUUUCCGUCUUGCUUAGCGACGACAAUGUGCAUUACUUGCUUUUGGGCUUGGGCCUCUUCUUCUUCAGCCCAUACGUCUUGUUGACCUUGACUGUGUACAUUUUGUUCUCCACUUUCCAUGUGUUGUCUUACGCCAAGCACUACUUGUUGCCUGUGCUCAACAUUCCUGAAACGCAUCCAGUGAGCGUGAAAAUCGGCAAUUUUGUGGCGGCUAACAAUGCUUCUUCCAUUCAAUGGGCUGCGUUGUUGGAAGUCGCCACUUUGGGCUGGCUCUUUUUGCGUGUCCUCACGUUCCGCUCGUGUUCCGUGAUCCCAUUCUUGCUCUAUGUGGUAUUCAUCAAGUUGAGAUUUGAGAAAUCAGCCUUCACCAGAAGCGCCUUCAAGUCUCUUGAGAUGCGUGUCGAAUCAUCUGUUAACAGCUUGGGCAACCCUAAAGCCAAGGACAUUUGGAUCCAAGUCAAGGGCGUUUUCCACAAGGUGGCUUUGGUUCAUGUGGCCCAUGACUACACGAAGGAGAAGUCCACUUAA